AUGGAGACUCACAUUCUCCCCGUCGAUGCAAGUCGACUAGGAGUCAUAACAGCCAAGCAAGUUCCCAACGAUAUUCUCGAUUCGCUGGAGAUCCGACUUAAUUCUCAAUCAAUCGACGUUCAGAAUCUAUUACGAGCCGCUGAACAGAUUCGGACUUCAGACAUUCCCGUGGCAUUUCCCACUGAAACCGUCUACGGCCUGGGAGCCGAUGCAACGAGAAGUGAUGCAGUGCGAGGUAUUUACAAGGCGAAGCAACGACCCUCAGACAAUCCCUUAAUCGUCCACUUUUCUUCGCUCGAACAAAUUCGAUCUGUCCUACAACCACGAUCAUCGUCAACGACAAUGGCAACUGAUAGCCAGAUCUCUCAAGAUCCAAUACCUUCAAUCUACCACGAAUUGAUCAAACGCUUCUGGCCAGGCCCUCUUACAAUCAUUCUUCCAAACCCCUCUCCUUCUCCUCUCGCUCCCGAAGUUACUGCCGGUCUCACUACCUUCGGCGCUCGGAUUCCCCGACACGCGCUCGCCCUCGCCCUAAUCCACACCUCCGGUGUGCCCCUCGCCGCGCCCUCCGCCAACGCCUCGACAAAACCCUCCCCAACUGCUGCCGAGCACGUCGCCCAUGAUCUCCAGGGCCGUAUCAACACUAUCCUCGACGGAGGGCCCUGUGCGGUCGGCGUAGAAAGCACCGUCGUCGAUGGUCUAAGUAUUCCCCCUUCGAUGCUUCGACCGGGAGGGAUCAGUCUGGACCAGAUUCGUAAGGUUCCAGGGUGGGAGGCUACGCAGAUUGCAUACAAGAAUGUUUCGGAGGCGGGCACUGCGCCAAGGGCACCUGGAAUGAAGUAUCGACACUAUUCGCCAAAGGCAACAGUGGUGCUGUACGAAGCGAGGCGUGCGGCGCCGACUUUAUCAGAGAUGAGAGAAACGUUGGAGGGGGCGGAGACUGCUGGCGCGGGCAGUAACAUUGGGCUGGUGCGGACGAAGACGUGGAAUUUGUCUCUGAAUGAUACAGGGGACGCAGUCCAAAUCUACGACAUCCGCCUGGGACCACAGACGUCCGCGAUCGCGCGGGGGAUUUUUUCCGCAUUGCGCGCGCUGGACAGGGAAAAUGUGGACGUCAUCUUCGUCGAAGGGAUCGAUGAUGAGAACGAUGGCGAAGACAACGGAGAAGUGGAUGCCGCGGCAGCAGUGAUGAAUCGAUUGCGGAAGGCAGCGGAGAUUCACAUUUGA